AUGAAGCUGAUGAUGAGUGAUUAUAAAGUCGAGCUUAUAAAUGACAGUAUGAUCGAGUUCAACGUCUACUUUCACGGACCUAAAGAGAGUCCAUAUGAGGGAGGCGUCUGGAAAGUCCACGUUGAACUCCCUGAUGCGUAUCCCUACAAGUCUCCAUCGAUUGGAUUCAUUAAUCGGAUUUUCCACCCUAACGUCGACGAAUCGUCUGGCUCGGUAUGCCUAGACGUCAUCAAUCAAACAUGGAGUCCAAUGUUCGAUUUGAUCAACGUGUUUGAGGUCUUCCUUCCACAGCUCCUGCUUUACCCGAAUCCAACUGAUCCUCUGAAUGGCGAAGCCGCAGCUAUGCUCAUGCGAGACCCAGAGCAAUACAGGCAGAAAGUGAAAGAAUACUGCUUACGUUACGGCAAGGCGGAGGAUUUAGCCAGAAGGCACAAGGCGGAUUCUGACGAUGACGAUAGCGAAGAUUUGAGCGACUAUGAUGACAACGAUGCUUCCAGCGAUGAAGAGAUGGCUGGGCCGACGGAUUUAUAA